CCCAACCACCAGUGCAGGUCUAUCUCUUGGUUCAACUCAGCAAGUAGCAAGUACAGGGUGAUGUGAUAAAAGUGUUCAACUGAAAAGUGAAGUUAUUUGUGUCAUUGCUUCAAGUUUUCAAGGCAACUGAACAGUUUAUUAAUAAAAAUGGUUGUAAGUUUUAGAACAUACAAGAAGUGUUCACCUAAUGGCAAAGUUACCAUAUAUGUGGGCAAACGAGAGAUUGUCGAUACAGUAAGCGCUGUGGAACCAAUCGAUGGACUUAUCGCCCUGGAUCCAGAGUACAUUCAAAGCAAUCGUAAAAUUUAUGCCCAACUCAUUUGCUACUUCCGCUAUGGUCGAGAAGAUGACGAAACCAUGGGGCUGAAUUUCUACAAAGAAUUUAUUUUGGAAUCAAAUCAACUCUACACCCAAGGGAAAACCGAUGUCAUGUUGACAAAAUGGCAAAGCUGCCUUUUAGAGAAACUAGGGCAUAACGCAUUUCCCUUCACUUUGAAAAUGUCACCAAAUUGUCCAGUGUCAGUUGUAUUGCAGCAAAAGGCUAGCGACAAAAGCCAGCCUUUGGGAGUUCAAUAUUUCAUUAAGGUGUUUGUAGGCGACUCCGAGACCGAUCGUUCUCAUCGACGAAGCACCGUUAACCUCGGUAUUCGCAAAGUACAAUACGCUCCCAUAAAUCAAGGAAUACAGCCAUGCACCGUUGUACGCAAAGGUUUCUUACUUUCGCCCGAUGAAUUAGAGCUUGAAAUGAAUUUAGACCAACAAAUUUACCACCCCGGUGACAAGAUUGCAGUGAAUAUAAGUAUUCGAAACAAGUCGUCGAGAUGCGUCAGGAAAAUUCAAGCCAAAGUCAUGCAAACCGUUCAAUUUAGGAUCUUCCAAACGGGUCAAAUGAGACACAUGAUUAAUUCUAUAGAAACAACAGAAGGAUGUCCUGUUGGACCAGGUGCCAGUUUGCAGAAGGUUAUAUAUCUACAACCAAAUCUGGUUUUCACUCAAAAUCGCUUCGGAGUGGCAAUUGAAGGCCAUCUGAAAAGGCGUGAAACCAAUCUAGCCUCGACUACUUUAAUUUCGACAGCAGAUAAUAAGGACGUAUUUGGGAUCACUGUAUCUUAUUCGAUAAAAGUAAAGCUAUUCAUGGGCUGUUUGGGAGGAGAACUUUCUGCGGAAUUACCGUUUGUGUUAAUGCAUCCGAAGCCAAAUCGUCAACUGAUUUCGUCCCAUGAAAAAUACGAAGGAAUUGCGGAAAAAAAUUCUGAUUAUGAAUAAGACGCGGAGCAUUUAGAGAGCGCAAAACUGAUGAAGAAUUUGCUUAAUACAAAAUAUUGAGGAAGAUAAUCCCUCUAAAUAAAUGAGGGGUUGAAACGAAAAA